GAUGAGGCUUUUCGCAACACAAUCAGGAUAUGCUGAUCGCCUAGCUGCAGCUAUUGAAGCUGAAAACCAUUGUACAAGUCAAAUGCGAUCACUGAUUGACCAGAUUAGCUUGCAACAAGGACGAAUUGUGGCCUUAGAAGUGAUUAGGAUAUGGAAACCCUGUUAAUUGGUUGGGGGACAUGAAUUUUCCCUGGUGACGUUUGCAAUCCAGAAUAUUCAAGCUCAUGAGUUGAUUUGUGGCCUAUGGCUCAUCUAUGAACAUUAUCUGACUGUUCUGGAAUGUACACCCAAUCUCUGGUGACAUUUUCUAGCUAGUAGUUUGGUUGCAAUUCCUGCACUCGUUGGUAAAGCAGUAUUACCCAACUAUUACUCUGCUGUACGGGGAAUAGGGUGGGGAGGACGAUGAGGAUUGAAAAUAGUCAACAAUACAGUGGACCAAAUCAUAGAAAAUCUGGACACUAGUUCAAAAGGUUGACAAGAUAGGCCACUGACAAGAGAUGGAGAAGUAUCAAAUUUUUUACAGCAGGAUGGAGAUUUGGUGGAAGCUUUCACUUGAUAGGUGCAUUGUGUGCAUGAUAGUCCUUCUGUGGGGAGGUUGAACAGGUUUCAAAGCUAGAUGAAUUCAUACGGUUCCAGAAUCUUAGUGAAUAUAGGAUGGGAACCAGUAAUAUUUGUCAAGAGCACAUAUGAAUUAUUAGAUAUGAGUGUAAUAGAGACUGUAAUGUUUUCAGUAUUCGGUAAAAGUUAGGAGCAGUUAUGUAUUAUCAAAUAAAUGUGUAGUAUGUGAAAUAAGGAGUAGUGAGUGGUGUAGUUCUGUAGGUUUGGACUUUUGACUGAGAAUAAUUGUAGGAGUCACGGGACUUUGGUAAAAUGAUCCUUUUUCUGUAUUGUGUGAAUUCUAUGAUUCAGUUGCAAAAGCCACUGAUUGGUGUUCUAUCAAAUUUUAUGGAUGAAGAAUGAGGAUGUGGACUAAGGAUGACCAGGCUGCUCUACAUACAAAUAAGGGCUUUUAUUUUAUCAGAAGUUGUAUGCUCAUAAAUGGCUGGCCAAGGGUCCUAGACACUGGUUCAAAAGACUACAAUCAGCAUUGCUCUGUUUUGGUUUCAAGUCAAGCAAUUGAGAUCCUUCAAAUUUUAUCUACAAAACCAAAGAAUAAGAGAGGAAACGUAGAGACCAAGAAUGUGGACAAAUGAAGUCUCUUGUACAAGAUCUGGAAAGAAAAGACCUACAGAGGCUGACUGAUAAAAUGCAGGUUCCGGUGGCUGCUGUUGUGAUCAUUGCAUGUAAUCGUGCUGAUUACCUGGAGAGGACUAUUAAUUCUGUGUUAAAACACCAAAGGCCCAUUUCUUCAAGAUUUCCUUUAUUUGUAUCUCAGGAUGGAUCAAAUCCAGAUGUUAAAAGUACGGCUUUGAACUAUGAUCAGUUAUCUUAUAUGCAGCACUUGGAUUUUGAACCAGUUCAAACUGAACGACCAGGAGAGUUAAUUGCUUACUACAAAAUUGCACGUCAUUACAAGUGGGCUUUAGAUCAGCUGUUCUACAAGCAUAACUUCAGCCGAGUAAUCAUCCUUGAAGAUGACAUGGAUAUAGCACCUGAUUUCUUUGAUUAUUUUGAAGCUGCAGCAACUCUCCUUGACAAGGAUAAGUCCAUUAUGGCUGUUUCCUCGUGGAAUGAUAAUGGACAAAAGCAAUUUGUACAUGAUCCAUAUGAACUGUACCGAUCAGAUUUCUUUCCUGGGUUAGGAUGGAUGCUGGCCAGAUCUAUAUGGGAUGAGUUAUCACCAAAAUGGCCUAGGGCUUACUGGGAUGACUGGUUGAGACUAAAAGAAAAUCACAAAGGGCGACAGUUUAUCCGACCUGAAGUGUGCAGAACAUAUAAUUUUGGUGAGCAUGGUUCUAGUUUGGGACAGUUUUUUAAGCAAUAUCUGGAGCCAAUCAAGCUGAAUGAUGUCAAGGUUAACUGGAGAUCAAUGGAUCUGAGCUAUUUACUGGAGGAUAAGUAUUCUAUGCAUUUUUCCAAUACUGUUAAGAAAGCUACACCUGUCUAUGGAGCUGGCGUGGUUCUAAAGGCAUAUAAUAUAGAUGGUGAUGUGCGUAUCAAGUAUAGAGAUCAGUCAGACUUUGAAAACAUUGCUCGCCAAUUUGGUAUAUUUCAAGAGUGGAAGGAUGGAAUACCGAGGACCGCCUAUAAAGGAGUAGUCGUUUUCAGACAUCAAACCUCACGACGUAUAUUCCUUAUUGGUCCAGAGUCUUUGAAGCUACUUCAGAUCGAAGAGUCUUAAUGCUGGAUGAAGAAGAAAAAUACUGACAAUGUAAGAGAGUAGUUGUCUUCAGAUAUGAACGGAAGUGUUGCGGAGUUAUUGUGGCAUAGGAAGAAGUUAUGGUCUAUUUGCUGAUGCAUACUGGAACAAAAUUAGUGGCCAUAGCGGGUAUCUUGUAGAGACAGAUUUUGUCUUAUGAUGGUUUGAGGUCCUAGCCUGGCCAUGCUAACCUCAUGUAUCCUACUCUCCAUUCAUGUGACAGCAAAACGGGAUGGUGAAUUUUUAUGUCAGAGUCGACGUGGAUCAAUUUUUUUUUUUUUCCA